CUUCCCUGAGCAGAGAAAAAAGGACUCCAAUUUUCAACUCCAACUUGGUGAGCUGAGAGAUCCUCUGCAGGUUAUCAAGGAGUAAUAUUCGAUUUAGUUUCUCCUUUUUCAACUCCUGUUUUGAUCUAGUUGUUGUCUCUCAAGGUGAGAUAGAGAGGCCAUUCUUUGGUCAUUUUCUUGCAAUAAUUUCUGCAACAAGAGGUCUCCAUUUCAUCAUAGAACAGAAAUCCAGACCAUUUGUUCUUGGGUUUCUGCUCUUCUACAGAUUUCCUCAGUUCAGGGGCUUAUUUUUCUCUGCCCUCAGUUUGGUUCUCAGUUCUCUGUUCUUCUGAUAUCGUAGUUUAUUACACCUGCCCUGUUCCUUGCUUGGUUUUAGAACCAGUUGGAUUUGUUCUUCUAGCUAAUUUAGCUAAAGCUUCUUGUUUUUCUUCAUAGAGAAGUCAUGGCCACUGCUGUGGAUAUGCAUAAUACCAUGCAAGUUUUCUCAUCAUCUUCAUCAGAUCCUUUGAGUGAAGCACUGGAAGCAAUUCAAGGUGCUCCAAGUCCAUACUUCCCCAGCUCUUCCCCUUCUGAGUCGUCUCCUUUCUCCUGUUACCUUCAUCAAAAUCCAAUCUUUGAUUCCUACUCUGGUUCCUUUUCGACAACAAUCGACAUGGCCGCAAUGAGCUUCUUGAGCCGAAUCCAAGACGACUAUGCCCUCGGCCGACAAGCUCGAAUCGGCCUCAAUUACUUACCCGCUGUUCAAUUCCAACAUCCACUCUCGGCAGCUGCGGAGCAGCAGCAAAUGGCUUACGCGGGCUUCCUUGGUCCCCGGCCGCAAUCCAUGAAGCGAUCUGGCUGCUCCGCGUCGCCUCCGAAGCCCACCAAGCUCUACCGCGGUGUCCGGCAGCGCCACUGGGGGAAAUGGGUCGCCGAGAUCCGCCUCCCCCGGAACCGCACUCGCCUCUGGCUCGGGACCUUCGAUACCGCAGAGGAAGCUGCCAUGGCCUAUGACCGUGCAGCAUUCAAGCUCCGGGGCGACGCCGCGAGGCUCAACUUCCCGGAACUUAGAAGAAAUGGAGCUCAUUUCGGCGCACCGCUCCACUCCUCUGUUGACGCCAAGCUCCAAGCCAUCUGCGAGAGCAUGGUCAGUUCACAGAAACAGGGGAAGACUAGACCAAACGUGGCAGCAGCGAACGAAAUCAUCAGCUCAGGCUCAGAGGACAACAAAUCCGAGAGUUCGUCUUCCCUCGAGGGAGACGAGACCUCCUCAGGAACAACAGCUGCCUCCCAAAUCCAGUACUUGGACUUCACUGAGGCACCAUGGGAUGAAUCAGAGAGCUUUAAGUUGCACAAGUAUCCAUCAUGGGAGAUCGACUGGGACUCUAUUCUCUCUUCCGAUCAGUAGUUCAUGUCAUGUUGUAAUCCUUUAGCUUUCUUCAGGUUCUGCUCUGUUAGUGGGUGUCUCCGGUGGCUGCUGCAAAUGGAUUUUUAGGCAUUGGCAUGGCCACUAUGUUGGUCUUAAUAAGCUUGAUGGUUCGAGUCUUGUGGAUGUUGCUUGUAGUCGUUCUCCAGGUAUGCUGAUUUUUAUAGGCAUUACCAGGAGAAAGAUUGUGUUCUUGCAAGUGCAAUAGCCAUUUCUGGUCCUGUAAUUACAACAGCUUUAUUUAUAUUAUGAUCAUAUUCUUAUGUA